AUAAUAAUUUACUUAAUAUUAAGUGGACGCAUUAAUUAUUGUCCCGCGACAAGACUACAAGUACCAGCAUACAACUCGCCACUCUUAUUUUCAGUGGCCCCUUGAGCUACGGGGCGUGGCAUGCUGGGAGUUGUAGUCCUCCCCUUCUGAGCUUGCUUAGGGUGGGGGAUCCAUGUUCCGCAAAUGGGCAGCCGAGGAGGAGGGGUGAGCGGGGAGGGGGCCCCUCGCGGCCGCCUUCCAAUUGGUGCAAGAGUAGAGAGCGCUGGCCAGAGGCAGCGCACAGAGCUUGAGCGGGUCCGCCUGUGCGCAUGCGCUGAGUGAGCGCUGCUGCUGGGAGCUGGUGGCGGCGGUGGAAUGUUUUGGGGGCUGUCAAUGAAGAGAGGCGCCGCUGCCGCUGCUGCUGCUGGCCGGUGCCGGGGCAGGUCAGCCUGAGGGGGCCCUGCGGGAUACUCCUCCGCAGCAGGGCAGCGCCUCCCUCGCGGCUCGCGUGGCCGGGUUUGCCAGCCCCGCAGAGCAGCCCGAGGAGGGGACGGGGUUUCGCCGGGUCCCCCAGCAGCCGCCUGAGGUGCCGGGGAAGAGGGAUCCGUAACCCCCCCACUCCCAGCAGCCGGGGCGGGAAGCGGCCUGAGAGGCGGAGGCAGCAGCUGGGGUGAUGAUGAACAGGUUCAGAAAGUGGCUCUACAAGCCCAAGAGGACUGACCCGCAGCUCCUUGCCCAAUUCUACUAUGCAGAUGAAGAACUAAAUCAAGUAGCAGCUGAACUGGACUGUUUGGAUGGAAGAAAAGACCCACAAAGAUGCACAUUGCUAGUCAACCAAUUCCGCUCUUGUCAGGAUAAUGUUUUAAACAUUGUAAAUCAAAUCAUGGAUGAAUGCAUUCCACAUGAACGGGCCAACCGGGACUUCUGUGUUAAAUUUCCAGAAGAAAUACGCCAUGACAACCUUGCAGGGCAGCUUUGGUUUGGAGCAGAGUGCUUGGCUGCUGGUUCCAUUAUUAUGAAUCGUGAAAUUGAGAGCAUGGCUAUGAGACCAUUGGCCAAGGAUCUGACCCGCAGCCUGGAGGAAGUUAGGAACAUUAUUCGCGACCAGGCCUUAAGGGAUUUGAAUCUUUACACAGAAAAAAUGAAAGAGUCGCUUAAACAUUUUGAUGUCCUUUUUGCUGAAUUUGAGUUAAGUUAUGUAUCAGCCAUGGUACCUGUAAAGUCUCCAAAAGAGUAUUAUGUACAGCAAGAGGUAAUCGUGCUUUUUUGUGAAACAGUUGAGAGUCAGAUUGUCUCGAUCAAAGAAAAAUGGAGACAAUGGCUGCCUGGUGGAAACAUGGGCUUGGGAGAAGGAAAGGAUGAGAGACAUGGGAAUUCUGAGCAGGGACUUACUCAGAGAGCUUUAAAGCUUGGAUACCUCACUCAAGAUAUGAUUGAUGACUAUGAACCAGCAUUAAUGUUUACCAUCCCAAGAUUAGCCAUCGUGUGUGGGCUUGUAGUUUAUUCUGAAGGACCAUUGAACUUGGACCGCAAGUCAGAAGAUAUGUCGGAGCUUUUCAGACCCUUCCACACUUUGCUAAGGAAAAUAAGGGAUCUGCUUCAGACUUUAACUGAUGAUGAACUGCACACACUGGAACGUAACCUCUGCAUAUCCCAGGAUGUGGAUUUUCCUGUCCGAACAGAUCCUGAAGUGCCCACUGUCAGUACAACUGUCUUAGCUGCAACUUUGCCUGCUGAGGAGCUUUCAGCAAAAGCUGAAAACACAGAGGCUGAGCUAGCCUGCUCUAUGCAGUAUGAUGAACAGGAAUUGGAACAGCUGAAUAGGAUGGUCCACCGGGUUGGAGAUGAGAUGUCUUCCCUGCUUUCCCCACCAAGUGUCUGCCAGUCUCCAGCACACAGACCUGGCAUAAGAAAUGGCUCCAGCACAGAGACCUCGCCUAACAGGCAACAUCUUGACAACUUAAUUGACGAAGAGGAGAGAGUGUUUUUUAUGGAUGAUCUGGAUGGAGCAGGAGAAGCUCUUGCUGGGUUGGAUUCAGCCAAUGACACAUUUGCAUGGGUGAAUAACCCUUGCCACAAUUCAAAGCAGAGUGCGCAGCACAGGGAACCUCUAGUGUAUGACAAUGGUCAUCAAACAGAAGAAACUUUACUUUUAAGAGAGGCAGAAAGCGAUUUAAGCAAUAAUAACAAUAUUGAAGAUGGCAAACAGAUUACUUGUAUCUCAAUUCAUAAUUCAUGCAGUUGUUUAGAAGGUCCUGAUUCACAGUUAUACCUCAGUGGCUGGGAUACAUAUGCUGAUGCAGAGACAGCAGAAAUGAUAGCCCAUAGGACAGGUGGAAUGAAGAUAUCUGCUACUGUAAUAUUUAAUCCCAAAUCUCCCUCUACUUCAGAAUCCCCAGUAACAACACCAGAAGUAGCUAUCAGUUGUGUUCCUGGGUCUUCUGAUUCUUUAGCUGAUGAAGAGGAGAGUGAAUCCCAUAAACUCAGCAUAGCUGCCACAAAUUGUCUAAUUAAUUCUUGUGUGUGUUGUGGCAGCUGUGAAGACAGUAGGGAGGAUAAUAUUGUCGGUUUAAAGACCAGACAUUCCCAAGGAAGAGUUAUAAAUGCUUCUUAUAGUUUAGUAAAAUCUAAAGAAAAGGACCAUCUAGAUAAACUGGAUAGUGCAGUCUCUGCACAGGAGGCAUUAAAAACUGAAACAUCUCCUGCUUUGCUAGCAGAAAGAGAUUCUGGCAGAGAAGAACAGAAACUGUCUAACUCCUCUAAGUGCCUGGCACAUUCCUCAGGUUCACAGCUGGGAGCAGAAAAUGGAUCACAAGUAGAGGUGGAAAUCUCAAAUCAGCAAAAGAAAUGGGAGAAAAGAAGGCAGCCAAGUCAAAAGCAAUCAGAGAACAAUGAAGAAAGUAGUAGUGAAAGAAUAGCAAAGGAUGACAUUAAAUCAAGAGCUAGUUCAAGUUCUCAGGAUGGCUUACGUGAUUCCCCCCUCAGCUCCAUCUCCAGCAGUGACUAUGACAGUGUUUCUGUCACUACAUGUAGUCUCUCCAGCAUAUACGCUCUGAGCAGUUUAAUGACCAGCUCCUGUUCAUCUGAUGACAUUGAUCAGGAGGAAAUCCAGCUUGCCUUGCAGGCAGCUAAAAUUGCUACCAGAGAAAAGAUCAGAUCCCGAUUUCACGGCAGCAAUGACCUUAUUCACCGACUCUUUGUCUGCAUCUCAGGUGUGGCUGACCAGCUGCAGACAAACUAUGCCAGUGAUUUACGAAGCAUCUUAAAGACCUUAUUUGAAGUGAUGGCAACCAAACCCGAAACAGAGGACAAAGAAAAGCAAAAGAAAGUUAAUCAGGGUUUAAGGAAUGCAGCACUGGAAGAUUGUGCUUUAUGCCAGGAAACGAUAUCGUCUUCAGAACUUGCAGCAAAGGCCAGAGAUGGGGACUUCGAAGAUCCUCCUGAUUGGGUACCAGAUGAAGUUUGCAGCUACUGCACUGCGUGCAAAGCUCCUUUCACAGUAAUUCGCAGGAAACACCAUUGUAGGAGCUGUGGGAAGAUCUUCUGCUCUCGCUGUUCUUCCCACUCGGCUCCAUUACCUCGCUAUGGUCAGAUGAAGCCUGUCCGUGUUUGCACUCACUGUUACAUGUUCCAUGUCACUCCUUUCUACAGUGACAAAGCUGAUCACCCUGCUACCGCCUCAGAAGACAUUUACAUUUAUUUUAAUCACCAUGGCUAGAUUUUGGUUCUCCUUGGAUUGGAAAAAAAUUCACAUAGAUUCAUGCAAUGAUCUUGCACAAAGAGCUGUGUGAGUACUGGAUUUUCAAAGGUGUUUGGACAUGCUUUGAGUUAGCCACAUUAAAAGAACAAUGCAGCGUGCUGUGGUUAGGGAGGAAAUUAUAGCAAGAGCUUUUUGUGGUAUCCUGUUUGGUGACUUGCAGUAUUACACAGUGUUUCAAGCCGACGGAGAGACGAUAAAAAAGUUGUUUGCGCUAUUUUGCUCAACAAGGGUCCUCAUUUAAAAUGAUAAAGCAAAAACUGGUUAGAGUUUGUGUGUGUGUGUGUGUGUGUGUAUGUGUACAUUCCCUUUGCUUUGUGAUUUUUUUAUCCAAUGCAAAUGAGCCAUAUAAGGGUAUACAUCUUGUUGAAAUUGCUGCCAUAUAAAUCAGAUUAAACUAGUUUAUGUGAAAUGCACAAGCCUUAUGAAGCUAGCUGUGGGUAAAUUCAGCUGUGGGAUGUUCUCCUCACUUUAUUUGUAUAUACGUUUUUUUGCAAAGUCUCUUUCACAUAAUCCUCAAAUUGGAGUGUCACCAUUCACCAGAGUUUAGCUGGCUCAGGGUGGGUAGCUUAGAUGUGAGGUGGGUCGUAUGGUACAAGCAGUGAUACUUAUUCAGGCUUAAAUCUCAGGCUUCACAUUGCAAUGAUUAUUGCAGUUUUAUUUUUUGAGAAACAACAAAUCUAAUGCUUCUUUUAUAGGAUGAAAAAGAUAAAAUGCAACAAACUUCAAUUGUGAAAUAAAUAUGCACAAAAGUUGCUUCUGUGGAAAAAAUCUCAUUUAAUGGACUGAAUGUUAUUUAUUCAAGCUUGUUUUUAUUUUGUAAAUGCUGUAAUUCAGAAUCAUUUCCAUAAAUAUGAUAUUUAAGGGUCUCAGACAUUAUAGUUUCUUAUGUAAAUACAAACUCCUAUUUCUCUUACUGAAAAGCACAAUGACUAUAUCAAUACUAAAAUGCAUUUGC